CUCGGCCGAAAAUUGAAUACGGAUUGAUCAUUCAGUUCAAUCUUACUCCGAUCUGCUCUUCGCGCAUUAAGGACUAGAGGGAUCCAUGUGUGGGAUAUUUGCAGUUCAUGGGCUGAAAGUUCCAGCGAGUUAUCGAUCGAGAGCCAUCGCGUGCUCAAAAAAGCAGAGGCAUCGUGGCCCGGACUGGUCUGGAUGCUACGUGGGGAGGGAAACUAUUCUAGUACACGAGCGCUUAGCUAUCGUAGGAGUUGACUCUGGCGCCCAACCUCUAAUUUAUGAGGAUCAACGACUGGCACUUGCUGUCAACGGAGAAAUCUAUAAUCAUGUUCCCUUGAGGGAGUCCCUUUUCCCCGAUGCCAAAUUCAAAACGCAUUCUGACUGUGAGGUCAUCCUCCACUUGUAUACGAGAAUGUCAACAACCGAACUUUGCUCUUCUUUGGACGGGAUUUUCUCCUUUGUGUUGCUUGAUGAGUCAGUGACGCCCUCGCGUGUUGUCGCGGCUCGGGAUCCUAUAGGUGUCACUACCCUUUAUCAAGGAUGGAGUUCCUCAGAUCCAUCAAGAGUGUAUUUCUCCUCGGAGCUCAAGGCCCUUGCCGAGGAGUGCGAUAAGAUCAUUUCCUUCCCUCCUGGUCAUGUGUACGACAGUAAGACUGGAGAAACUGUCAGGUAUUACAACCCUUCAUGGCUUCACACCGAUGAAGAUAAUGCCGAGAUUCCGGAGAAAGAGCCGGACUUGACUCUUCUUCGAGAGGCUCUCGAGGCGGCGGUUCGUAAGCGGCUUAUGAGUGAGGUGCCUUAUGGAGUGCUUUUGAGCGGCGGAUUGGACUCGAGCUUGAUUGCCGCCGUGGCGGCUCGAGAGACGGAAAAAGUCGCACUUGCUCAGCUAGAGAUCCGGAAAAAGCGACUUGCAGCGAUAAGAUUUGGUAAUGGGACUGGAUCCCGGACGCCAACUGAGCUUAAAGAACAGGCUUCUCUUGCCUCGUGGCCUCAGCUCCACUCUUUCUCCAUAGGCCUCCUGAAUUCCCCAGAUCUGCUGGCGGCUCGGAAGGCAGCUGCUUACCUUGGGACAGUCCAUCAUGAAUAUACCUUUACUGUCCAAGAAGGGUUAGAUGCGCUUCCUGAAGUUAUUUAUCACCUAGAGACAUACGAUGUGACCACGGUCCGAGCCAGUAUACCGAUGUACUUGCUCAGCAGGAAGAUUAAGGCCAUGGGCGUCAAGAUGGUACUCAGUGGUGAAGGGAGUGAUGAAAUUCUUGGUGGAUACUUGUACUUUCAUGCUGCGCCAGAUGCCAAGUCGUUUCAUCAAGAAUGCGUUAAACGCGUCAAGAAUCUCCACACUGCCGAUUGUUUGAGGGCGAACAAGUCGACAAUGGCAUGGGGCUUGGAAGCACGAGUUCCGUUCCUUGAUAAAGCAUUCCUCCAAGUUGCAAUGAACAUCGAUCCGAAGUACAAAAUGUUCAGCAAAGGUGCCAAUGACAGAGACGCGGAAGGAAGACUCAAGGAAGAAAAAUAUAUUAUCAGAAAGGCAUUUGAUACAGUGCAAGAUGGUAAACCAUACCUUCCCGACUCUAUACUGUGGAGGCAAAAGGAACAGUUUUCUGACGGUGUUGGUUAUUCCUGGAUCGACGGGCAAGUUUACAUUUUUACACUUAGGGCAUACCUUGUCUCUCACAUUUCUAACCCCAUCGCGAAUAGGAUGAAGCAUUACGCAGAUAAUGUCGUGUCAGAUGAGGUGUUUUCCAAACGCCAUGAGACGUUUCCCGCCGAUACUCCCGAUACAAAAGAAGGCUAUGUCAUUCGUGAAAUAUUCCAAGGUUUUUUCCCGUCUCAGACGGCGGCAGACACGGCCGUACGAUGGGUUCCCCGUGAGGAUUGGGGCUGCGCCGCAGACCCCAGCGGGAGAAGUGUCAAAAUUCACAACGCGGCAUAUGGGAUCAAGGUUGAACGAAGCAUUGAUGACGUCACGAAAUAAGGAAUUAGUUUCCAUUUCCGAUCUGGUUACCGAGAUGAUUCUUACUCUCAACGCGUGCAUGGAAAUGACUUUGUAUGGCUAAUACGUAGUACAUAUCUGUACUGAGAGCACGCAUUUCGGGACUCUUUUGUAUGGUGAAUUCGGAGACUGAGACGUAUCCCUGAAAAAAUAACACUAUAUUGUGCCAUGGAAAUGGUAAGUUAACCAUGAAGUGAGACAUUAUCUCGGCGGAAAAACAAAUUUGAAGGAGCGAAUGGUCGCAGCGGGAU